GACUACAUGAUGGUGCAGCUGUACUGUUGGGGAGACAGCUCCAGUGGACAGUUCGGUCCACAGACAGCCCUCAGCCCGAUGUCCUGGUCGGUCCCCGGGGUUAUCACCGACAUCUGCUGCGGGGACCAGCACACUUUACUGCUCAACGGGGAGGGCGGCGUGUUGUCAUGUGGAAACAACUCUCAGGGACAACUUGGACGAAAGAACCGUAAAGAUGGGAGAACAGGUCGUGUGGAGGGGCUGGGCGAUGUGGUGGCCAUAGCUUGUGGUCAGGACCAUUGCCUGGCUGUGUGUGCAUCUGGAAAGGUGUUCUCCUGGGGGGCAGGAGAGGACGGACAGAGAGGCCUUUUACCAAAUCUACUCCACAACAGACCCAGUCAUGUGCAGAUGCCACUGCCAAUACCUGUGAUUCAAGUUGCUUGUGGAAACUCCCACUCUCUGGCUCUGACUAAAGGAGGCGAUGUCUUCUCGUGGGGUUCGAACAGUCAUGGUCAGCUAGGCCUGGGGAAGGAGGUGUCGCUGCAGUUUGUACCUGACCUGGUGCGCGCUCUGACCGGCGUAGCGGUUACCCAGGUUACGGCCGGAGCGACCCACUCCCUGUUCCUCACACUCCCAGGCCUGGUGUACUGCUGUGGGGCCAAUAAAUCUGGCCAGCUGGGUCUCAACAGGGUGGACGAGAAGGGCAGGUUCAACAUCUUCAUGGUACCCGCCCUCAGACCUCUGGGUGUCUCCUUCAUAAGCUGUGGAGAAGCACACUCUGCUGUGUUAACUAAGGACGGCAAGGUUUUCACUUUUGGAGAGGGAAGCUACGGUCAGCUCGGUCACAACUCAUCUGAUAAUGAACUGAAACCCAGACUGGUGGACGGUUUGGAUGGACCUGCAUCACACAUUUCCUGUGGCAGACGUCAUACACUGGUUUUGUCCUCCUCUGGCCAGCUGUGGGCUUUUGGCGAUGGGGCCAAAGGUCAAAUUGGGACAGGACGAACAGAAAAUAGUCUAACUCCCACUCUGGUAUCUCUUCCAUGGACCACUGAAAGUGUGGUAGCUGUCCCCAAGGCAGACUUGAAAAUAUCAGCUGGGUGGAAUACAAGCUGUACCUACACUUCACCUCCACAGCGUUUGGACAAAGGACAGAUAACUGGGCGACUUGAUGAGACCAAACUUCAACAAUGGCUGUCAAUGACACAUGGCAACGUAGAGGCAAAGAGAGAAAUAUCUUCCAUGUUUCAGUCAAACACAAGUCUUGUUGCAAGUUUCACGAAGGCUGAUGGGCCUCCAUCAGAAGCAGGUGCUCUAACUGUGGACCUUGAUGCAGCUAGCGAAGCUUUCGACCAGAUGCUGGCAGUGCCAUGGAUCAAACAAUCAGUAAAUCUUACACUCCUGAUUGAUUUGCUCUGCAAUUCAAGCCAUCUCCUAAAAUCACCAGAAAUCUUCCUGAUUCUGCUGACGUGUCCCCUCCUCCAAGAGGAGUGUAAUGUCAUGCAGCCGGUGUUGGCGCUGGCGAUCAAUAUUGCAGAUCUGCAGGAGAAGACUCAAGAUACACUAAGACGCUGGUGGUCCACCCUGAGACCCUCCAUACUGAUGAAGCACAUCUUGGUGUUCAAAAAGGCCCUGGCCUUCCUGCUCAGAAAUGGCCUCCUUGUAACUCAUAACCCCGGAGUCAAAUACCUGGUGGAGGUCCUCAAGAUGCUGUACAAAGCAAACAAAGCUGGAAAGUCCUACAAAGUCCCACCGAGCACCUUCUGCGUAGAGGAGAUCAGUGACAGUGUGCUGCUAAAUCAGGACGUUGCUCUUUGGUUUCGAUUUUCCAAAGAGGAGGAUGAUGUCGACACACCCGUCAUUUUCUGCCGCUACCCAUUCCUGUUCACUCUGGUUCAAAAGGUGGCAGUCUUUAAUCACUAUGCGUUUAUCUCAAAGGUACAGUAUUCUUCUUAUUUAGUUAUUUUCACCCUAAGACGCUCUCAUCUGGUGGAGGACACCUUCAGACAGCUGGGGGCGGCCGACCACUGCGCCUUCAAGAGGGAGCUUUUGGUGCAAUUUGAUGAAGACAGGACAAAGGUGAUGGAUGUCUACAAAAGAGAUUUCUUCCUGCAAGUGUUUGAAGAGCUGAUGUCUCCCAAGUCUGAAAUGUUCAUGUUCAACGAGAGCAACACUCUGGCCUGGUUCCCUGUCAGGCCAAAAGUAGAGGAGAAGACUUACUUCCUGUUUGGCGUUCUGUGCGGCCUGGCUCUCUACCACCACAACCUUGUCCACUUGCGCUUCCCACUGGUUCUCUUCAAGAAGCUGCUCAAGGUCAAACCCUCACUGGACGACAUGAAGGAGUUCGACCCUGUCAUGGGAGAGUCUUGGCAGAUCCUGUUGGACUGCCCUCCUGAUAAGGUCAACAAAAUUACUUUCACUGUGCCCUGGGGCGGAGAGACAGCUGAACUUAAUCCGAAAGAAACUGGGAAAGUUGUGACAGCGUCCAACAGGAAAGAGUUUGUAGAUGCCUACGUCAACUAUGCCUUCAACAAAUCAGUGGAGGGAGUGUUUGAAGCGUUCAAGAAAGGCUUCUUCAAAGUGUGUGAUAUCGACGUGGUGGAGUUCUUCCAGCCCGAGGAGCUGCAGGCAGUGAUGGUGGGCCAGGAGAACUACGACUGGGAGGUGUUCAAGAAGAACACAGUUUAUGAAGGAGACUACCAUGACAGGCAUCCAAACAUCGUGACCUUCUGGGAGGUGUUUGAGAAUCUGACCGCGGAGGAGAAGAAAAAAUUAUUUCUGUUCGUCACCGGCUCCUACCGUGUUCCCUUCCUGGGUAUGGAGAGUGUUCAGAUGAAAGUCGCGGUGUUGCCCGAUUCCACCGAGAUCGAUAAGCCAGAAUCCCUCACCUGCCACCAUCUGCUGUUACUGCCUGUCUACCAGAGGUACCCGGCCGAGAGGACCAUGCACACCAGGCUCCUCCAGGCUAUUAAUCACAACAGAGGCUUCUGAAAGAAAGCAGACAUUACAGAAUGAAGUAAUGAAGUCCGCAUUAUUAUCAUUUAAAGAGUUGUUAUUUUUGUCGGAAUAAUCUGCCAAAUGUAAGCUUCAUCAGCAGUCCAUAUUCUAUUAUUCAGUAGUUUGAGAAACAGUUAUGCAUGUAUUUUAUUUGAUUGUACUUAAACAUGUUGACAUAUUAAGAAAUCAGUUUUUUGGGAACUCUGUUAUAGGUAUGACCGGUGUUUUAGCAUAAACACACAUUUGAAUAGGGAAGAAAGAUUUAAAAAUAAAUAAAAACUGCCUGACGUAACACAACACUUUAAAGUGUAUAGUGGGCCAACAUUUUAAAAUCAUUCUCCACAAAUUGUGUGUCCAGAAAUCAGGCUACUGCCAUUUCUGUCACUGUUACAGUAGGUCCACUCUGGAUUGAGCACCAUGCUUUUGAAACAUUAUGAUGACAUUCUUAGCAUUAAAGACUUCUUCCGUUCACGUUGUACAAGUUUAAAAUGUAAGUUAAUAUUUUAUGUUUGUGUGAUCAAAGUAAAACAAAAUCUUUGUUAAUCAGGAAAUGUAUUUUCUUAACUUUGUAACCUAACAAACUAAAUAAAUGUGUUUUCUAUUCAA